AUGAGGCUUUGGACCUUUUGUUGUUUAAGGCACUCUUUCUUUCUUCCCCUGUUACAGCAUCUCAUGACAACAUCAGCAAUCCAUCAACUACCAGCAGAUAUACUCGAUCUUGUCUUUCAGCACACAGAAAAAAUAACCCUUAAAGAAUGUCGGCUUGUUUGCGUAUCGUGGUAUCUUUUGGCUACACGGCAUCUUUUUCGUAGCAUUCAAAUCAAGAACACGUCUCAAAUUGAAGAGUUCAUAGACUUUCAAGAAAAUCCGGCAUCUGAUCAACUUGUUCAAUUUGAAAAAUAUGUCAAACGAGUCACUACUGGUGAGGGUAGAGGGAUGGUUGAUACGAGGAUAUCAUUAGAAAACUUUUCAAAGUUUGUCAAAUAUUGCCCCCAGGCUACAUCGGUUAGCAUUUCUCCAACUACUUGCAAAGGCAGCUUGUAUCAUUACUUAUUUGAAGUUGAUGAUAAUAUAAAAUGGAAGCUUCAUAGACUUGAUCGGAAUAUUGAACAUCAAAGGUUUACUUUGGAUUAUUACUACAAGUAUAAAGACACCAUCAAGGUCAUAAGAUGGCUCGAGGGCGUUCAUGGUUUUCAUUUUGUAAUAGACUUUCCAUUACUUGAAGCACUGGCUUUGCCUUCAACGGCAGUUAUCACAAACAUACAGGAUUUGAUGUUCAUUUGUAAUGCAUGCUGCAAUUUAACCGAAUUAGACCUGUAUAGUAACAUGGACGAUAAUGCAAGGCUGGCGGCUGACGUUGCUAUAUACCCUUCAUUGAAAGCUCUAAAUGUUAAAUGCCGUUCCUUGAUACCCAAGGUGUUGAUUGAUUAUAUUACUGCAAGCUUGAUCAAUCUUUCAUAUGUAACGUUUUGGAUCGAAAUAGCAUCGCUGCAAGCAAACUUUGGUGAAAUCUAUAAGCAGAUAAAGGAUUUUCUGUUUACACCUCAGAAGAAGGUAGUUUCUUUAACAAUAAAAGCAGAAACAAGAUUCAGGGAAGAUCGGAAACAAAUAUAUACAAUGAUUGAUGAAUGUUUCAACGUCGCCUGUCGUCCUUCUAAGCUUAAAGCGUGUAAUUCUAUAAAAUGGACAGUAACCGAUUUGUCAGUGCUCACCAUAGGGCUAUGCAAGUCAUGGGACCAUACAAUCGAAUGCCAAGUCAGCCUACCCAUAGAUUUGUUUAUUUACCUUAUCAAAAAAGAUGAUUUUACAAGCAGCAAAAUGCCAAGCUUUCAUAAACUGUGCUUAGAGCAAGAAUUUAAGUGGCUCAUCAUGUCAAUGAUUGUCGCUUUAUUUAUAGAAAAGGCUUGUAAUUUGCAGGAAUUGACUCUUCGCGGGUACAGCUUAAUGGAUACUUAUGGCUGUGUUUUUGAAUCAGUACAAGUUUUGCGUAUUGAAAAAUCCGUGGUUUAUCCCGAUUUUCUCAGCAGGCUCGCUAUAUCUUUUCCAAACUUGAAAGAGCUACAUCUGCACAAAGCCAGUAUGUUUGACAUUGAUCAUAGCUUUAGAAGCAAGCUGAUAGACUUGGGUGAUCUGUUCUUGCGAAAGUUAUCGUUUACUAUCAAUGAAAGGUUUAGUUCUGCAAGAAUUCCGACGAGAGAGCUUGUAUGCAUAGAAAUACAAAAAAGGCGUCAAUAUAUCGAAGUACAUGCUGGCAGGAUUCCAAAGACUAUACCAAAUGAAGAGGGAGCUGCACUCUGGGAGCGCUUGGCUGCUGAGGAUAAGUAUCUCAUAAUGUGUAAUACUCCUGCUCGCUUUGAGCUGAGCAGUGUUUGCAUUAAACUGAUGGUAUAA